AGUACUGUGAAGGGACCUUCAUGUGACUACCUUGGUCAGUCCAGGGCACUGAUUCGUGAAGCCAUCGCACGAGUGGUGCACAUGGUUCUACUUCAAUUAGAAUUUUCUAUGAGACCAUUCUUUUAAUUUUUCUUUUUUGUAGAAGAUUUGAGAUGGGAAAAGAAGUUACAGCUCUUCACUGGUUCCUGUUGACACUGGGAGCAGUCACAGCGCAAGCAGAGAUCUCAAAGCAAGCACUGCCAAACUGGCUCACAGGCAUCAUAGCUGUUGCAGUGUUUCUCUUCCUGGUCUUCAUCGCCUUCCUCGUCAACAAAGCCUGGUGUGAUGACUCCAGCCAGGAGGUAAAGGUUGAAGUGACAUGCAACGAAUAUGCUAUGACCAAUGGAGCGAACUACGAGACAAAUCUCGAUUCGGUCAGAAGUAGUGAGCACUAUGAAGCGUAUGAGAACGUGAUCGUUCACAAAACUGAUGAGAAAAUCACAGUUAUGUGAAUGCUAAUCAAUGAACUGAAUGUCUACAUAUAGACAUACCCACAAAACAGAUGUGUAGAGCUGUUCUGGAUUUGGAUUCUUCACUGUAGAAUGAACAGAUUGCAAAUUCUGCCUCAGUUAAAGAACGGUUGUGGACAUUCCAGUACAUUUUAAAAGGUCCAACUCCUAAAUUGUUAUAUUAAAGCCAUUUUUAAUGGACAUCAAUUUGUGAAUGAAAAGCUGAGUUAACACACAAAAGCAACAUUACUUAAUGUUUCUAUGCAAUAGUACAAAAGAUUAAAAAAAAAAGACACAUUACAUUUUGCUUUCUUUAUUCAAAGCAUUACUUAAGGCUAUUGCACAUGCAGUUUUAGUUAUUACUUGAACAAGGAGGAAGGAGAUAGCCCCGGCUGGACAGCAGAGACAGGUUUUCUUUGUUCUGAUACCAAGUAAUCCAAGGCUAGUAUAACAGCACUGAUUUUCUUGUGGACAUGAAGCUCAGAUAGUAAGAUGUGGAGUUAUAAAAGCUGUUCAAUUGUUUAAAAAUGUUUCCUUUUUAACAAAAUGCUUUUUUAAGACUUAUUCUUCACAUCAAACGUGCUAGUAAAACACCCUUAAGUAAAUUCAUAAAUAGUACUCAAUAGGAACAGCUGCUUUGACUUCUGGGAAUCUGGAAAGUUUAUAUCUUUUGUAAUAUUUUCUUACACUUUUUGGCGUUAAAUCAAAUGUCACACACAAACUACUGACUCGUUGUUUGAUCCAUGUUCAUGUGUCUAUUCAUAUUAUGUACAGAUAAUUUCAGUACUAUUAAUAAAGUUGAAGUGAACUUCAUGUAAACUCAUAUGUUAGAUAUCACUUCCUAAUUACCAAUUUAAAACUGAACUAAAUUUAAAUUAAUUAAAACUUAUGAAAUGAGUGAUAUUCAAGAAUGGCACAUUGACAAUCAUCUGUGUAAUCAACAAAAAUAUAUAAUUUGUACACAGCAAUCAGCUUGCCAACAAAAAUCUGAUAAAAAUGUUAACACUAUAUGAGUUCAAAUAGAAAUCACCCAGCAAAUAUGCUGUUAUUAAAAUUGCUAAAUAUUGAUUUGCUGAAUAUAUAGUGAUUUUCAAUGGCUUGCACUGUGCAUCAUCAUAUAAAAUAUAUCAUCAUAUAAAAUGUGUCAUUUAUUUGCACUCAAUAUCUCUCAAAUCCAUUUAAGCAGCAUAAUGCUACAUCGGUUUUAGACAAUUGGAUAAAAAUGAACGUAGUCUUUGUUGCAAAGUUCAGAUUGUGUGAAAAUAUUUGAUUUCCUUACAUUUUGCUUUAGAUGGGAAGAUUCCAACUAUUGCCCAAAAGCAUGAAAGGAAAGAGGAGUUUGGGUAUAAACAUAGAUAUCAAUUUUAUUUAUCUAAUAUACGGAUUUUGGCAUGGUGUAUUUUGGAACUGAUCAUUUUCACAGAGAUUGACCAAUGCCAGAGUAGACUUGUGGUUUGAGCACAUAUUAGGUUGGCCUGCAUCUUUGUAAGAACCCCCUCAGUAUUUUUGUGCAUGUGCAACCCAACUUGCCACAAUUUUAAAAAAUAACCAUCACAUUCUGUUUCUCCUGGAAGUGAAACAGCUGGAGCAGAGAGUGAAUAAGGGUGGAAGAGAAACAGCUGGAGCAGAGAGUGAAUAAGGGUGGAAGAGAAACAGCUGGAGCAGAGAGUGAAUAAGGGUGGAAGAGAAACAGCUGGAGCAGAGAGUGAAUAAGGGUGGAAGAGAAACAGCUGGAGCAGAGAGUGAAUAAGGGUGGAAGAGAAACACAGAAGGAAGGGAUAGCAAGCAUGAGAAUUAGAGAAAGAGCAACAGCAGCAAAAAAGAAAAGAUCAGAACAUCAGACAGCAGGGAUCUCAACAUGGAGGAGUCACACAGUCUGCACAGGGAAGCUGAAAUGAUGGGUCCAGUCCCAGAGAGCCAGAGCAUCAUAAGACAGGUUCAGAUCACCUAGAGACAGCAGGCCGAGGGGCACUUGCCCUUACGAUUACAGUGAGCUUCGUUAUACGGUGCUUUUGGAAAACCCAUUAUAAUGUAAAAUUUUCUGCUCUAAUAUAUCUGGUCCAACUCAGCAGCUCAAACGUACAGCCCUACAAGACUUGAGCCCAGAGGGACUGGAGAGGUGAGGUUGGGGUACUUAAACGUGAGGUGCUUUUUGGUUGUCCUCAAGGGCUAGAUUUGGUAGUCACGGCUCUACCGCAUCAGCUGGUUACUUUAGUACGCACAUAUUGCUGAAAGUGUCCUCUUGCAUUUCUUUGACCUUGAGGUUAUAAGAGUGUCCCACAAGAAUUGGGCAAACGUCCUUUCAAAGACAGGGAGUCCAGCUGACACAGGAUUUCCUCACAUUGUGGAACACAGUGUAAAACUAGGAUAAAGGAAGCAUCUUCGUGAAAACAUAUAGAGGGAAUUUAAUUAAAGUCCUACCAAAUUAAAUCAAAUUAAGGAAAUAAAUUACAUAUUUACACUGACAAUUUGUGCAAAUUAGAAAUUAAAGACCGUUUUAGUUUAAAAAAUGUUUUUUAAACAUUUUUGUCCACAUAAAUGCAUACAAGUUUUUGAAUUUGACAGCAAUGACAGACAUGAUUACUCAGUUAUGAAAGAGGACUGCUGCACUUUAGAUUCCUCUGCAUUACUACACUAGAUUACAGUGUUUAAGAGUGGUGAACCAUACAAAAAAAAUUAAUAGGACAUAAAUACAGCAGCUUUACAAAAAACUAAUGCAAUUCGCAGCACAAUCUAAAUCUGGCCAAUGAGAACAUUUAUGAUUUACAGUGAAUAUUUCAACAUUAUAUCCAUUAUUGCAAUCGAUCCUUGUUUUCUAAGCCAUAAAGUGAAUGUGAAAAUGAACCAGUAAUUACUGACUAUGGCUA